GCCACUCCACAGUCCAGAGCGCAGCGCUGCUCAGCACGCCUCAGCAUGGCCCUCGCGCAGUCGGACUUCCCUCACUGGUUGGCCGCGCCGCCAAUCCUCCACGCUCCGGCCUUCGACUCCGCCGCCACCUUCCCGGAGUUCCACAACCAGCUGCAUCAGCACACAGACGGUUCCGGUGCGUCCCGGCUGCUGCCGCUGAUCACGGCGCUGACGGCGAUGGGCCUGCGGCUGCUGCCCCACCAGCGCCCCCAGCCGCUGUCCCAGGACGACCCCUGGACGCAGUCGCGGGUGGCGACCCCGCCGCCGCUGCGCACCCUCUACCAGUGGCGCCAGAUCGACUUCGAGUUCCCGUCGGAGCUGGCGCGCCAGCAGAUGGCGGCCUCCGGGCGCUACGUGCGCCGCAACGCGCUCCCGCUGGGGCUCGACGUGUACGGCGACCGCAUCUUCGUCAGCGUGCCCCGCUGGAAGGACGGCAUCCCGGCCACGCUGGCCACCAUCCCCAGGGACCCGGCCAAGGCGGGCUCGCAGUCGCCGGCGCUUCGGCCGUACCCCAGCUGGGACUGGCACGGCCGCGAAGACUGCGCGGGCCUGACGUCGGUGUACCGCAUGCACGCCGACCCGUGCGGCCGCCUCUGGGUGCUCGACUCGGGCGUCACCAACGCCAUCGACAAGAUCCGCCAGCAGUGCGCCCCGCAGAUCUUCCUCUUCGACCUGCGCACCGACCAGCUCAUUAUGCGACACGUCAUCCCCUCUGACCAGUACAAGGAGGGCUCGCUGCUGUCCAACAUCGUGUCGGACGUGCGGGACGGGCAGUGCGAUGACGCGUUCGCGUACGCCACGGACGUGUGGGGCUUCUCGGUGAUCGUGUUCAGCCUGCGCGAGCGGCGCUCCUGGUCGGUGUCGCACCCCUACUUCUACCCGGACCCGCUGGCCGCCCGCUACCAGCUGCACGGCGUCUCCUUCCGGUGGACCGACGGCGUCUUCGGCCUGUCGCUCUCGCCCGCGCACUCGGCAACAGGAGACCGCACCCUCUUCUUCCACCCGAUGUCGAGCUUCCGCGAGUUCGCGGUGCUGUCGUCGAUCCUGCGCAACGAGACGGCGGCCAAGGCCAGCGACGACGAGUUCCACCUGCUGGAGGAGCCGCGCGGCCUCAGAGACGCGCACGCCUCCGCCUCGGCCAUGGACCGCCGCGGUGUCAUGUUCUACAACCUGGUCACCAGGGACGCCGUGGGAUGCUGGAACUCCGCACAGCCACAUGGUUACCGUAUGUCGCUGCAGGGCAUUGUGGCGCAAGAUAAUGUGACGCUCAUUUUCCCUAAUGACCUCAAGGUGGAUCAUGAGCUGCACCAGAACCUGUGGGUCCUCAGUAACCGUCUGCCACUCUUCCUCUACCGUGAGUUGGACCCCAACGACAUUAAUUUCCGCAUCAUGACGGGGUCUACAGAUGAGCUGGUGCGCGGAACCGUGUGCGACCCCGACAUCACACUCAUUCCUGGACAAGGGGCACUCUCCCCCAGGAACCAGUUCUGCCCUGCCAAUGAGGUGCGAUGAUCAACUGCUGCCAAGCCUGGACACCCACGUCAAGCUGCUCUUUCGUUCAAGAUGCCUCUUGUAUAUGAGACUGGAGCUUAAAGUUUGUCAUAAGUCACUAGUGUAAAACACACUUCUCAUCAAUUGCUGGUAAUCACCCAUUGUUUGUCUCUUCAAGAAACUGGGUGGAAUUAACAUCACUGAAAUGUAAUACUGCCAUAGAAAGGAGAACUAUGCUCUCUCUGGAAAGGCAAAAUGAUAAAGUUACUUCUUUCAAUACCCCAAAAAUUUUUGAGUGUUUCCUUGUCUAUGAAGGCAAAGAUUAAACAAUUGUUACAGAAGGCAAAAGAAUGACUCAUUAUACUAAUUUUGUUUAACAGAACUUUCCUUCUUAUAUUGUGUAUAACAAACCAUGGAUAUUUGACCGUGACAAUGAGGGUAUAUCUUAAACAAACUGAUGAUACUGUUCCUGGAUUUAUCAGCUUCCUUGAACCUUAUUAUACUUGUAUUUUCAUCCUUGGCUGAAACAUUAUUUGUAGUCCAAAAUCCAAUAUUAAUGUGAAUUCCCUCAAGACUGAACACAAAUUAAUCUAUCCUUCAUGUUCUCACACUUAUUUUAUCGAGUUCUCACAACCAUUAAAUGAAAGCCAGUGACAGUGGGCAUUUCCUUUUCUCAUUCCUUUUCCUUGAAGUAUUUUAAUUGCCUCAUAUGCUGUUUUAGAAUCAACUUAUCAUUUCCAUUUGUACAUGAAGAAUGAAACGGUACCUUCAGAUGAGUAUCACAGAAAUUAAGAUGUUCAAUAUUAAUGCUAUGUCAUUUCUUACAUAUCUGCAAACUCUACGGCCAGUAGUAUCUAGUAAGCACCCAUAGGCUCUCUUUCUACAUGACAUUUGUUUUUUCUAUCUUAUGUAGACAAAUAUUGCUUCCUAAUUAUCUGUAGUACUACAAUAUACACUCAACUUUGUGUCUAUCAUAAGGUAACUCAUCAGUGUAAUUGCCUCUCAUCAAAGUUAAUAAUAUUCAUACACUUUUGUUAUCAAUAGGGUGAUAACUUUGCAUUUAGACUCUCAACAAGGAAGAUGCAGAUUGUUAAGACACAAUGAUAGUUUUAUGUGUUUGUACUAAAAGUGCUUAGUACAUUACAUAUCUAAUGUGAAGAAUGACAGUCCUACAUUACAUUUAAAGUAACUCUGGAGCCUGGUAAAUGAUACUACAAUUCAAUCAUGAAACUGAAGUUAAGAAAUAAGUGGAUUAGAGCAUAUGAAUAAUUUACUCUAUAUUAUAGUCUUCAAGGUACACUAA